CCACACCAGAUUUUUCGAAAAAAAUUGGUCAAGUUUUAUGAUUAUUUCUAUAAAUUAAUAUAGUUCAUGUGUUUGGAUUUUUUUUCAAAUCAAGUACUCUUGUGAAGCAUUUAAUACACAUAGAGCUCGAGGUUCUAUUAUAAUAAUGAUAUUGUAGAAACAAUACAAAAAUUAUUGCACUUUUUGUAGUUCCUUCCCAAAAAAAGGUAAAGAACUACAGUUCUGUAAAAAGAGUAUAACUUAUAUUCACUGAUCUAGUUCGUGAACGGCCAAUCACCCUUCCAAAUUCUAUCCCAGUAUGCAACAGCUCCACGUUCUACUUCAAGAAAAAUCAACGUUUUGAAAGUGAGGUUAACAUUUUAUCUGUUGUACUGUUGAUUGUUUUACAAAACUAUAAUAUCUUCCUUUAUGGAAAUUUGAUUAUGUUUUACAUAAAAGUGUCUGAUCAUAGAUAUAAAUGUGAGCUUGAUUUGAAAUUAUUCCUCAGGUAUCUAAAACAAGGAACGGCUUUGUAUUAUAUUAUGGAUUAUGACUACUCCACGUAAGACUCGAGAAAAAGCACCUACUGUUCCUGGUUUCAAUCAAUGGAAAAUAUUUCCUCCGGGCCUGCGCUGUAAGAGCUUUAACGCUGCCUUGUAUUAUUCGAGUUUUUACGCCAGCCAAUCUGAUGAAUACGACUCAGACGUUCCACAAGAGGAGAGAGUACCUUUGGUGACUAAUGACGAGAAACGACAUUUAAAACUAGUGAAACGCAACAAGGACUUGCACCAGUGGAAGACGAAAAUCAGCGAAAGUGAACUUCAACAGCUGGAGGUGUGGACUGACGAAGUUUCCCAAACCCUACAACAAUUUGAAAUUAUUCCGAGGAGAACAAGUAGACAGAGACAGGGAGAAGAAGGAGAAGGUAGCAGAGUAGUUCUGCCUUGUGUUGAAUCGGAAACGCACGAGACCGACUGCAGUAGUAAGGCGAAAGAGAAGAAGAGGAAAAGGAAGAAAAAUAGUGGGGCAGUGGGGGAUUGCGAAAGUGUGAUUGGGGAUAGAAAGAAGAAGGAGAAGAAGAAGAGGGGUGAAGUGGAAAGUGCUACUGAUUGUGAGAGUGUGUUAGAGGGAGGGGAGAAGGAGAGAAAGGAGAAGGAAAGUAGAAGGGAGGUGGUGGAUACUACCACUGAUUGCGAAAGUGUGAUUGGGGAUAGAAAGAAGAAGGAGGAUAAGAAGAGGGGUGAAGUGGAAAGUGCUACUGAUUGUGAGAGUGUGUUAGAGAGAGGGGAGAAAGAGAGGAAGGAGAAGGAAAGUAGAAGGGAGGUGGUGGAUACUACCACUGAUUGCGAGAGUGUGAUUGGGGAUAGAAAGAAGAAGAAGAGGGGUGAAGUGGAAAGUGCUACUGAUUGUGAGAGUGUGUUAGAGAGAGGGGAGAAAGAGAGAAAGGAGAAGGAAAGUAGAAGGGAGGUGGUGGAUACUACCACUGAUUGCGAGAGUGUGAUUGGGGAUAGAAAGAAGAAGAAGGAGAAGAAGAAGAGGGGUGAAGUGGAAAGUGCUACUGAUUGUGAGAGUGUGUUAGAGGGAGGGGAGAAGGAGAGAAAGGAGAAGGAAAGUAGAAGGGAGGUGGUGGAUACUACCACUGAUUGCGAAAGUGUGAUUGGAGAUAGAAAGAAAAAGAAGAAGAAGAAGAAGAGGGGUGAAGUGGAAAGUGCUACUGAUUGUGAGAGUGUGUUAGAGGGAGGGGAGAAGGAGAAAAAGGAGAAGGAAAGUAGAAGGGAGGUGGUGGAUACUACCACUGAUUGCGAGAGUGUGAUUGGGGAUAGAAAGAAGAAGAAGGAGAAGAAGAAGAGGGGUGAAGUGGAAAUUGCUACUGAUUGUGAGAGUGUGUUAGAGGGAGGGGAGAAGGAGAGAAAGGAGAAGGAAGUAGAAGGGAGGUGGUGGAUACUACCACUGAUUGCGAAAGUGUGAUUGGAGAUAGAAAGAAAAAGAAGAAGAAGAAGAGGGGUGAAGUGGAAAGUGCUACUGAUUGUGAGAGUGUGUUAGAGGGAGGGGAGAAGGAGAAAAAGGAGAAGGAAGUAGAAGGGAGGUGGUGGA